UUAUUAGAAAACCCUUUUGUGACUAUGUUAGCACUGCUGAAAACCGUUGUGCUGAUUAAAGAAUCAAUAAAACUGCUUCUUUAGAAUAUUUCAGUAUCUUUGGCAUCCGCGUUUGUGGUGGGUUCAAUAACAGGCUCAAAAUAGACAGAAACAAAUAACUUUUUGCCAUUUAGGUUAUUGUAAUGUUAGCCAACCUGAGGCUACUGUAAUGCUAGCCAACCUGAGACCAUAGAAAUGUUUGCCAACCUGAGACUAUUGUAAUGUUUGCCAACCUGAGGCUACUGUAAUGCUAGCCAACCUGAGACCAUAGAAAUGUUUGUCAACCUGAGACUAUUGUAAUGUUUGCCAACCUGAGACCAUAGAAAUGUUUGCCAACCUGAGACUAUUGUAAUGUUUGCCAACCUGAGGCUACUGUAAUGCUAGCCAACCUGAGACCAUAGAAAUGUUUGCCAACCUGAGACUAUUGUAAUUCUAGCCAACCUGAGACUACUGAAAUGUUAGCCAACCUUAGAUUAUUGUAAUGCUAGCCAACCUGAGACUAUUGUAAUUCUAGCCAACCUGAGACUAUUAAAAUGUUAGCCAAACUGAGGCUAUUGAAGUUUUAGUCAAACCUGCAACCAGUCCGCUAAACCAAUUCUCAAUAUCUGACACUGACCAUGUCUGAAUGACUAACUGGUCUAGUACUGUGCUCCAGUCUGAAUGACUAACUUGUCUAGUACUGUGCUCCAGUCUGAAUGACUAACUUGUCUAGUACUGUGCUCCAGUCUGAAUUAUUAACUUGUCUAGUACUGUGCUCCAGUCUACGCGAUUAACUGGUCUAGUACUGUGCUCCAGUUUGUACUACCUGAUGAAAAGAGAUAUCUAUCCAAAAUGUUGGGUGGUAAAAAUGUUAAGGGUCCCAGAGUCGGUCCAGGUUGAGAUUACCCAGUUCAGAGUUCAAAUGUCUUUGUCUGUCAACCAGACUUAAGCACCAUAAUCAGCAAGUCUAAACCAUUUCCACACUGCUUUGGACAGACAGAGACCCUCUGUUUGGGGCAGUAAGUGGCCCUUCAGAUUAAUAGUGAACUGGCUGGGAUUUCACACAAAGCAUCAGCCUUUUGGCUCACCUGGUCUGGCCAUCCAAUAAGGCGUCAUGACCAGAUCUCUGACACGGUAUUUUAGAAACACACAAUCUUAACUGGUCUAGCAAUUUCAUUACAUCAACCAUCCCAAAUCAACUCAGUAGCUUAACUAGACCCCCCACUUUCCUGAAAUACAACAAUUAGUAGACUGGUGUAGAGAGUAGACACAUGGCUGGUUUAAGCCCCCCCCCCCACCUCUCGGGGCCAUAUGUUGGCUGCUGCUCUUUAUUCCAACCCUAAUUACUGACCCUGUUUGAUUUACUGGUAAUUAGCUGCUGAAGUCACUGAUUUGCUGUUUUCUUUGAUUUGUGGUUUUAUCUUAUUAAGGACUUAAGACCAUGACUUGGACCAGUGAUGAAAGACAGGCGGGCAAAAGCAACAUGUGUUCAUUAUUCUGGGUAUUAUAGUCUUCAAAUGGUAAAGCAUAGUUGGAUCCUUGAAAAUCAUGUCAUUUGGAUUGAUGCUAUGUGCACUGAAAAAAAAUAUAAACGCAGCAUAUAAAAGUUUGGUCCCAUGUCUCAUGAGAUGAAAAGAUCACAGAAAUGUCCCAUAGGCACAAAAAUAUGCACCUGCUGGGGACAAUAAAAUGCCACUUUACUGUAAAAUGUGCAGUUUUGUUGGACAAUACAAUACCACAGAUGUCUUAGGUAUUGAGGGAGCCUUCAGUUGGCAGGUUAUCAGCUUGUUUGUUUAAGUAACUUCAGUUAGUUUGUUUCCGUAACUUAAGCUAGUUUGCCAGCAAGCGGCUGAAAAUGUCCUGCACCAAAGGGACUGUUCUCAGGAAAAGUCCCAGCAAUCUGUGGCUUGGCUUCUUAUCACAGACAGUGAUUUUGCUUCUUUGAAACAUUUUGCUGACAUGAUCACAUGAUUGAAGACAGAACUCAGGAGAAUUCAGCAGAACUCAGGAUCCUAACAUUAACAGCAGAUGCUUUUUCAUGAAACUAUAAUAGGCAGAACAUUUCACAGCUUUUACUGGGAGUACAAAGUAUCUCUGCAAGCAUAGUAAAACAAACAACAUAAAAACAAAUGUUUUGGCUUAGAGGUUAGGUUUAGUUUUAAGGGUCAUCGUGCUUGGGACAAUGGGAAUAAUGGGUUCCUCACAAGGAUGGUAAAAUUCAAAAUGUAUGUGGUUGAGUGAGCAGCUCUAAGUGGUGUGUGUGACUGAUUGACACCCCCUCCCUCGUAGUGGCAGAGCCAUCGGGAUGGACAGUAAAGAUUAAGAGGGUAACAAAGCAGCAUCUUGCUGAAACAGCAAAGACAAAAACGCUAAGCUCCUUGUCUUUCUCCGGAUUGAAGAUAGAGAUUCCCCGAGGAAGACUAGACCCACUCAGAGACACAGCAGAGCUUACUGGGUGACGUGAGGCUAAACGGCUUGUCUUAGUUUCCUCUGGGGGCAACCAGGAGAAACACAGCGUUCCGUCCAGAAAAGAGACCCAAGAAGAUAAACAUUCAUAGAGAAUCACAGACAAGCAGGUUUGGUCCAGUCGACGCAGAUGGACAGAAGAACAAUUGUAGGACUUCGUGCUCUUUAAAACUCUGGGGGAAUCUGCACCACACAGACGUCAAUACAGAGCUGGGAGGAACACCAAUACAACCUGGAAUCAAGACCUUAAACUGAAGAAGAUCUCGACCGACGCCUAGAAUAAAUAACUAACUCAGAAGGAAAUACAAAUCUGUUUUUGAACAGGAUCUGCCUGCCUGUCUUCAAUAGAGGAUGGAGGACCACUCAGUAUCUAAGAUCUUCAAGCAAUCAUUGUUCUACACCAGAGACUCUAUUCUGCAGUCGACCCACUCAAGGGACUCUAUUCUGCAGUCGACCCACUCCAGGGACUCUAUUUUGCCAUCUUCAGCCCCUGGGGACUCUUCUCUCCACAGGGACUCAUUGAGGGACCACAACCCAGACAACAGACAAGCAGCCACAAAGAAUAAAUCCAUGAAUCCAGGGCCCGGUAAAGCCAUGAAUCCAGGCAUGCUGUGUCGAGUGUGUGGAGACAGUAGCAGUGGAAAACAUUAUGGCAUCUACGUCUGCAACGGAUGCAGUGGCUUCUUCAAACGCAGUGUGAGGCGCCGGCUCAUCUACAGGUGUCAGGCUGGGAACAGCAGAUGUCCUGUAGACAAAACUCAUCGUAACCAAUGCCAGGCCUGCAGACUGAAGAGAUGCCUUCAUGCAGGCAUGAACAAGGAUGCUGUGCAGAAUGAACGUCAGCCCCGAAGCGCGGCCCAGGUACACCUGGAUACUGGCCGAGAACACCUGAUCACCAAAUGGGAGGCAACCUCCUCCAUCAUCCUGAGACCUCCCCUGAGUUCUGAGGCCACGCCUGCAACCACACCCCCACUAAGGCACACAGCCCCAACCAGACCCCCCAUUCCAGCCACGGUGAAGCCUCAGCCUCCUGCACUAACUGCCACACAGCGCUGCACCAGCCCCCAGAACAAUCAUGGCUUCAUGACCAACCUGACGACAGCUGAGACCUGUGCCAAGCUGGAGCCAGAGAAUGUGGAGGAAAAUAUUAACGUAACCAAUGAUGAUCCAGAAGGUAUAGUGAGAUCCCCGUCAGGCUAUGAGUCGUCUCCCUACCAUCACCAAUUCAGUGGAUCAGAGAGUGUCUACGAGAUGUCCGCCCGGCUACUCUUCAUGGCCGUCAAGUGGGCCAAGAACCUGCCUGUCUUCUCCUACCUCCCCUUCAGAGACCAGGUGAUCCUACUAGAAGAGGCUUGGAGUGAGCUGUUCCUGCUGUGUGCCAUCCAGUGGUCCCUCCCUCUGAACAGUUGUCCGCUGUUCUCCCAUCCCAGUCUGUCCACCCCUCAUCAGGGCAUAAAGACCACUACCCCUCCUACAGCUUCAGGUGUCCAGGCCCUGGAGGAGGUCUUCAACAGGUUCAAAGCCCUGUCUCUGGACCCCACUGAGUUUGCCUGUCUCAAGGCUGUCGUCCUCUUCAAACCAGAGGCUUGUGGUCUGAAGGACCCAGAGCAGGUAAAGAACCUUCAGGACCAGUCCCAGGUGAUGCUGGGUCAACACAUCCUCUCCCUUUACACCAGCCAGCCAACCAGGUUUGGAAGGCUUCUGUUGCUGCUGCCAUCGCUUCACCUCCUGUCCUCUGAGAGGGUUGAGCAGCUGUUCUUCCAGCAGACCAUUGGCAACACUCCCAUGGAGAAACUUCUUUGUGACAUGUUCAAAAACUAAACAUAUUGGAUCUGAUUCCUAAAUAUACACAAUUUAAUAUACUAGAAUACUUCUGACCAGGAACAAUAUCCAUCAAACCAUGCAAAGUAGUGCAGUCUCUCAUCAAAAAUAUCCAGACAGACUGAUGGUAGAGACACACUGACAUUAGAGAAAGAAUGACACUAGAGACAGAAUGACACUAGAGACAGAAUGACACUAGAGACAGAAUGACAAUAGAGACAGAUUGAUACAUACGUCACGCUCUUGGAAUGCCAUUCCCAAACAAGAUAAGCAUGAAGGACAAUGCACAUAGGCAGAGUAUCCAGCCCCCCUCACCUGACCCUCUGACUAUAAUCACCCAAUGCUUCCAGAAGUUGUCCUUGUCCCAAACGGGGAUGCAACAACUCCCAUCCCCCCUCUACCAUUAUGUUUUUAAACAUUUUCAGACCUCCACGAUUUUCUGCACAUUUUAUUGAUGAUUUUGUUGGACUGGUUAUCUCUAAAGGGUCUCAAUAUUUCCUCUGUCAUGGUUAAUAGCUCACUAUCCAUAUGAGUUAUAGAUCUACAAACAAUUGUGUUGUGUCUCUUUUAUCUCUCUUCUGCUAGGUACCUCUUCUUUUUUCCAAAUUCAAUACCAGAAUUUUAUUUCUAAAUUAAAUGCAUUAUUACAAUUACCUCUAUUACCUAAUUCACAUGAACAAUUUUUAAUAACUUCAAAUCCAGAUGGCAUACACCUCAAAAACCACUUAAAUUUUGUUCACCGACCUUCCUUGUCGAAACCACUCUUUUUUAAUAGCUCACUAUCCAUAAUAGUUAGAGAUCUACUAACAAGUGUGUUCCUUCACCUCUCUUCUGAAAGGUACACCUCUGAUAUUUUCCAAAUUCAUAAUCUUGAAUUUAUUUCAAAAUUACACGCAGUAUUACAACUCUUCUACCUGAUUCACAUUAACUAUUUUUAAUAGCUUCCAAUCCAGAUGACAUGGACCUCUAAAUACACUUGCAUUUUUUUCACUUACCUUCCUUGUCAACAGUACAUGCCUUAUAUUUUCCAUUUUCAAUCUCAAUGAUUUUACAGAAAUGUAUCUUUCUUAACAUCUAUUUUUCAACAGCUCACUAUCCAUAUGAGCUAGAGAUCUACAAAAAAGUGUGGGGUGUUCUUUUCCCUCUACUCUCAGUGGUACAACUUUUAAUUGUUAUUCCAAUAUUCAUGCAAUGUUUACAUUUUUAUUUUUGAACUGUGAC